GCCCCGCCCCCACCGCUAGAUCCGCUGCUGCUGCCUCGGCGGGCCAACCUGCAGGAGGCGGCGGCGGCGGCGGCGGCCGAGGCCGAGGGAAGAUGGCGGACGGUGUGGACCACAUAGACAUUUACGCGGAUGUGGGCGAAGAGUUCAACCAGGAAGCGGAAUAUGGUGGGCACGAUCAGAUAGAUUUGUAUGAUGAUGUCAUCUCUCCAUCUGCAAAUAAUGGCGAUGCCCCAGAAGAUCGCGACUAUAUGGAUACACUUCCACCAACUGUUGGUGAUGAUGUGGGUAAAGGAGCCGCACCAAACGUUGUCUACACUUACACUGGAAAGAGAAUCGCAUUGUAUAUUGGAAAUCUAACAUGGUGGACAACAGAUGAGGACCUAACUGAGGCUGUUCAUUCUUUGGGAGUAAAUGAUAUUUUGGAGAUAAAAUUUUUUGAAAAUCGGGCAAAUGGACAAUCAAAGGGAUUUGCCCUUGUUGGUGUUGGAUCUGAAGCAUCUUCCAAAAAGUUAAUGGAUCUUUUGCCUAAAAGAGAACUUCAUGGUCAGAAUCCUGUUGUAACUCCAUGCAAUAAACAGUUCCUGAGUCAGUUUGAAAUGCAAUCCAGGAAAACUACACAAUCAGGACAAAUGUCUGGGGAAGGUAAAGCUGGUCCUCCAGGAGGCAGUUCACGUGCAGCAUUUCCACAAGGUGGUAGAGGACGGGGCCGUUUUCCAGGGGCUGUUCCUGGUGGGGACAGAUUUCCUGGGCCAGCAGGACCAGGAGGGCCACCUCCACCUUUCCUUGCUCCUCCUCCACAUCUUCCGGGACCACCUCCAGGUGCCCCACCACCAGCUCCACAUGUGAAUCCUGCUUUUUUUCCUCCACCAACUAAUAGUGGCAUGCCAACAUCAGAUAGUCGAGGUCCACCACCAACAGACCCAUAUGGCCGACCUCCCCCAUAUGAUAGGGGUGACUAUGGUCCCCCUGGGAGGGAAAUGGAUACUGCAAGAACACCUCUGAGUGAAGCUGAGUUUGAAGAAAUCAUGAAUAGAAAUCGGGCAAUCUCAAGCAGUGCUAUUUCAAGAGCUGUGUCUGAUGCUAGUGCUGGUGACUAUGGAAGUGCUAUUGAGACAUUGGUGACAGCAAUUUCUUUAAUUAAACAGUCCAAAGUAUCCGCAGAUGACCGCUGCAAAGUUCUUAUUAGCUCUUUGCAAGACUGCCUUCAUGGGAUUGAGUCCAAAUCCUACGGGUCUGGAUCAAGAAGACGUGAACGAUCAAGAGAAAGGGACCAUAGUAGAUCACGGGAAAAGAGUCGGCGUCAUAAAUCUCGGAGUAGAGAUCGCCAUGAUGAUUAUUACAGAGAGAGAAGCAGAGAGCGAGAGAGACACCGGGAUCGCGAUCGGGACCGGGACCGGGAACGCGACCGAGAGCGAGAAUAUCGUCAUCGUUAGAAGCUGAAGGAAGAGGAGCACCUUCCAAGACAGAACAGUCUUCACGGGGAAAGUGACGCUUGUCCAGCAGUUUGCUUCUUGUGAUUGAACUGAACCUGUAAGGAUUCCUGGAUAAACUGAACAGGAAUAAUCUGAAUAAAGCAAAUCUGCAUAAAUGGUAACCAGUAGCUCUACUUUUAUUUCUUAUGUUGCUUAACUGUUUUAUUUGAAGGAAACCUGUGUGAUUUAAAAAGUUAAAUAGCUUUUGCAACUUUAUUACUGGUUAUAUAUAUUUGGCCACUAUAAUGUGCAAGCAAUUGGAAAAAAAAGUCAAGUAAAUGCUUGUUUUUAUAGUAGUUUGUUCUUGUUAAAAUGUUCAAAUGAUGAUGUCUGUAAACAGCACCGAUUUGAUUACAGUAGAUGUAGUGUUGUAAUAAACUGUUUAAUGGGGCUGAUGUGUAAA